GGUUUACUGGACAGCGUGCUUAGAUCCGUUCAACCGCAUUUUAACAUAGUUGUUCCAUCCUUCUAAUGUUGAACCGGGCGUUGGACACGCUAAUGUGUGUGUAAGAGAGAGGGAGCUGUGUGGAAAGAGAGGGAGAGAGAGAGAGAGGAAAAGAGAGAGAGAGCGCGUAGUCCAGGUUGGCGCAGGCACGGGUCCCGGAGAACGGAGCGUUGUGCACGGCGGCAGCAUGGCCUCGUCUCACGGGAGAAGCGACCUGCGCUUCGCGGACUGGAUGGCAAGUUUACCGCAGAGCAUGCACACCGUCCCGCUCGCCAACAUGGCUAUCCCCGGUUCUCACGACUCCUUCAGUUUCUACAUUGAUGAGGCAUCCCCAGUGGGUCCCGAGCAGCCAGAGACAGUGCAGAACUUUGUGUCUGUUUUCGGUACGGUAGCCAAGAAGCUAAUGAGGAAGUGGUUGGCCACGCAGACUAUGAACUUCACUAGCCAGCUGGAGGCCGGGAUCCGUUUCUUUGACCUACGCAUCUCCACCAAGCCCCGUGACCCCGACAACGAGCUGUACUUCGCCCACGGGCUCUUCAGUGCCACGGUCCGCGAGGGUUUAGAGCAGAUCAGCAGCUUCCUAUCAGCACAUGCCAAAGAAGUCGUUUUCCUGGACUUCAACCACUUCUACGGUGUGCAGAACCUGCACCAUGAAAAGCUGGUGGCCAUGCUGAAAGAAAUUUUUGGAGAAAAACUCUGCCCAGUGGUUUUUGCUCAAGAGGUGACUCUGAAGUAUCUUUGGGAGAAGGAGUACCAGGUGCUUGUCUUCUACCACCACCCCAUGGCCCUGGAGGUUCCCUUCCUGUGGCCUGGCCAGAUGAUGCCUGCUCCGUGGGCCAACACCACCGACCCAGAGAAGCUCGUUCAGUUUCUCCAGGCGUCUGUAACUGACCGCAGGAGGAAGGGGACGUUCUUCGUCUCCCAGGUGGUUCUAACACCAAAGGCAAGUACUGUCAUGAAGGGCGUGGCCAGCGGACUGAGGGAGACGAUAACGGAAAGGGCGUUACCGGGCAUGAUGCAGUGGAUCAGAUCUCAAAGACCCGGGGAGAAUGGCAUCAACAUUAUUACAGCCGAUUUUGUCGAGCUCGGUGAAUUCAUCAGCGCCGUCAUCAGCCUCAACUAUCAUCACCUGAAUGAAGACGAAGAUGACGACGCAACCUGAGAGCCCACGUUGGGACACCAGAGAGCGCAGCUGCCACCACCAGAUGACGGGUGUUCUGGGCUCUGCUCUCAAUCUACACUCUUUGGCAUUUAUUUCAGGAGGGAAGCGAUGUUGCGGCUCCUUUCUCUUUAUUUAGGGCUAUAGUGGACUGAGAGACCAGGGAGGAUGGAGAAGAGACCAAGAUUAGGCUGGUGGAAAAAAUACACUGAUGUUUGGUUGGAGCACCAUGAGAAUGAGGUUAAUUUGUUUCCUAUUUUUGGGAUCAAGACCUUUUUUAUUUCCAGAUUUAGUAGUGAUUUAAGUUACUCCCUCGGCUGUAAAAAUAUUUGCUUUUCCCUCAAAUAUACCGUCUUCAGGCUCGCAACUCCAUCUAACACCGGUUUUCAGAGCAUAAUUACCUUCAGCUGAUUUUACUUUUACAUCCGUCUUGAUAUUCUAGUGAUAAUAACAGUUUUGCCACAGGGUGUUUUAAAUAAAUAUGUGUAACUGAAAUCGUUGGCUCGUAAAUUGUAGCUAGCUCUUGUAUGUCCCGUUUGAAAAAUCAGUCCCAGUGCAGUCUUUUUAUUUUAUUUUUUUGUUAUUUUUCAGACAAUAUGCAUCCCCUUUCAUGUCACUGCAGGUGUUUUUCAAACUGUCCUCCUGAAGUUUGGCUGCAGUGUGUCAUAAAAAUGUGGUGUUCCGGUGUGUUUAUUCAUUGCACUGACAAGAAAGAAAUAAUUUCCAUAUUUGUCCUCCAGCAGUAAUCUCUCAUUGAGGUUUUUACUCGGUAGCGAUAUGCACUGUAGUUGGAAUUACAGCCGAGACAUUUAUCAGGCAGUCCUAUAGGCUGCUGUGGAUUGAUUGAUUAAAUCCGUGGAUUCGCUCAUUUAUAACCACACAGGAAGAGAGAGUCAGAGUGCAGCUUGGCUAACUGGGGAAUAAUAUCUAUGCUGUUGGUGCAGAUAUAUUUUCUCCAUCUGCAUUUGACAAUAAUUUCCCCAUUUUCAUAACAAGCAUCUACUUGCUCUGUUAGAAAUGCACUUAGAUGCACUUAUUUCUAAUGGUCGAAACAUCCAACUGUUUGUUCUGCAACAUGGUGGAUUCUAAGUUGCAAUAGCCAAGUGUAAAUGAUUAUAUUUUGGUACAUGAGUGUACCCACAGUCUGCCUUUUUUUGCGACUAACUUGACCCUUGUAUGUUUGUUUGUGCUUAUUUCUGUACCGCAGCACGUAUGAGUCACUGUGAGAUGUUCUCCUUCAUAAUAACAGGUGAUAACACUUCUUAGCAGUCACUUAGCAACUUAAUUCAAGUCAGAAAAUCAUAAACAUGAUAGAUUAAGCAGUUCAAAUGUGGCCACCGUGCUUUACAAUGAGUUUAAUUUACUGAAUUUUGUGUCACAGAUUGAUGGUUAGCAAAAAAUGGUAGUUAUGAAGCUCAGUAAAAUACACUACACCUUAUCAGGAUUACAUGCACUCACCAAUAACAUUCCAAACAUCUACUGUAUAUACCUACCUAUAUCCCUUGACAAUGACUGAUGUUUUGUUCCAGCUGUAGUUUCUGCAUUUCAGCUUUAAUAUGCUUCUCCAACAAGUAUUAACUCUGUUAAAAGGAUAGAGCUUGUUAAAAAAAUUAUGAAAUCUGCAGAGCGGUGGCAGCUGACAGCUAGCCAGACGGGCCCCUCUUUUAGUUAUUUUAGCAAUUUAAAAUGACUCGUACUGAAACAGAGGACAUCCAUAGGAUUCAGUGCUACAUUACUGUAUAUUAGCGAUCUACUGUAUUGCAAGCCAAAGUUGUGAAGUUUGUAGAUGUUUUGUCUGCUGAACAACUGCAGCUGCUGGCUGCAUCUGCUGCCUCAAAGUCUGAACCAUGUCUUUAAGGAAGCUACUAUAAAGUUCUGACAACACAUCACUUAAAACUCACUAAAAUCGUCUGUGACAUACAGCUACAGUCGUAAAAAACUGACAUCUUGAUCCUGCUGACAAUUUCAAGAUGAGAUUAUGGAAGUGCUUGACUUAUUUCAACUUAUUUUCUCUACUUUAACAUUUCUUGAUAGUUUACUUAACGUAUUUCAGAGUGGUUUCAGUUAACUUCAGGCAAAACAAAGCUACAGAAAACAUUUUUCUAAUCCUUUUGCUUUAAAUAUCAUACAAUUUAAACACUAGAGCUGUUUUCCACAUACUUAAUCGUCUAAGCUGACAACAGUCUGGGAAUGUUUGAGACCAGCUGCAUAUCACAUAUACAAGUCAACUGAAUGACUAAUUGGUGCGUCAUUCAGUGCGGUAAAAUCUGACAUAAAAAAUUCUUCCCCUGUUUUAAUAACUUUAAAUUACACGUGCAGAGAAGGACAAAUGGACACUGCAACAAUCUCACGUUUACUAUGAACACCAGUGAAAAGGGUAAAAAACAUGCACCUUGUUGAAAUCCCAGGUUGUCAAGAUCAACAAAUUAUUAUCCAUAGAACACAGUGUUGCAUUGUAAUAACAUACUUGAAGAUUGAUCUUAGUUUUUCAAAAUUGACAGUGCAAAACUAAUUUGUAAUGAGUAACUUAACCACAGGUGUAAUGGUUGGCUUGAGACGUCCCAACAGCUGUAACAUCUCUAGGGUUUUACACAAUAUGCAGGAAAAUAAUCAUAUUUCUUUUCUUUUAACAUGAUUAAAUGCCAGGGGAAUGCAAACUCUUCUGGAAAAGGAUGUAAGGAUGUUCUGGUAAAGUUUGGUAUUUAAAAAAAUGUUACUCAGCUGAAUUGCUGAAUGUACGUUAAGAAGUCUCAUCUGAGUGACAGAGUUUCAGCCUGACAUGUUAGUAGUAUCUGCUCCAACACUUUCACUUCUGUGUGGUUCUGAGUUAUGUCAAACACUUUAUAUUGUGGAACGUUCUGUAACUGCAGAAAAUGUGCAAAUUACUAAAACGUUCUCCUAUAACCGGUAUCUUAACUGAGCCGGUUAUAGGCUCUUUCGCUCUUCACUUUGUGCAUGAAUGAAAAGCUUCUAGAGUUCAUCAGCUUUCUUUCCAUCUACAUCAAUUUCUACAUUAUUACCCUGAAGAGCAUGUGUUCAUUUUAACUGUAAAUGUUUCUAUCCUUUAAAGUGAAAAUCUAAUAAUUUUUACUUAUUGCACUGCCAAGAACCCCACUGAAGAGAAGGUUGCAGUUUGUGUUGUAAGGACAUUUGUGUCUUCCCCUGGUCCAAACUGUUGUCAUUGCACUUGUUUUUGGAUGUGAAAAGAGUCCUUUGCUGUUGUAAAAAUCCAAACCAUGUUGCUCAAAUUAAAGUGACUCUGUUCUAUGUGGAAAAUGGCCAAUCAAAUAAAGCUUCUAUGCCUUUG